UCGUCCUGUUGAUGCUGUUGGUUUUUGGAGUUGAUCUGUCGAAGACAUUCCACAAAACUCUGAAAAUUGCUGCCAACUUUUUAUUCUGUCGUCAUGGAAACCCUGAAGAAAUGUCGCUUUCGGUCGUUUUUAUGCUGUGUCGUGGUUUUUUGUGUUGAUACGCAGUUCGGUUUGGCAGGAGACUGUCCUGCAGAUGGACGCACGUGGGUUCCCUUAGGACAGAGAUGUUACCACUUUGUCCAUGGACAAGAAGACAAAGUCAAAAGCUACACUUUUGAAAUGGCAAAAACCCUCUGCCAAGGCUUUGAACUUCUGUCCAUCCAGAGCACUGAGGAGAAUAACUUUGUGAUUAAAUAUAGCCCAGAGGUGUGGAAAGGCAAUGUCAACGUGUGGCUCAGCAUGUAUUAUGACACAGACAGUGAUGACAUGAAGUGGUUGAGUGAGGAUGCCGUGAGCUUCACAAAUUGGGAAGAUGCUUCCUCGCUGUCAGAUCUUGCACCCACGGAUACAUGUGUGACUCUACACAGCAGCACGGGGAAAUGGGAAAAUGUCAGCUGCAUGGAAGGACGGGAGAAUGGCGUGGUCUGUGAGACGGCUCAGAAAGUGGAGGAAGCCAAACAGAAACCGAACGUGCUACUGUCCGCCCUCAUCAUUCUGAGUGUGGUCGCCAUUAUCGGGAUCUCAGCGGCUAUUUGGUUCGUGCACCAGAAGCACAGUCUUGGUUCCAGUAUCUUCACUGCAUUUGAGCACCACCCUCCGUUCCGACUCCUGGACACGGACCAAGCCUGCCUGGUGGAGGCUGAGGAGACCAACAGCGUGCCAUAGGAGAAGUUUAACCUACAUCCACCACGAGAAACAUCAGGUUUUCCUCACUGUGUGUGUGUGCAUGAAAAGAGAAACCCUUUUUGAGAACACUUACUGAAGCAGGUUUGUUGUUGUAGCUCAGAGCUACGGGUUGCUCUGUUACCUACUCUCUGUGGGACGGCAACAUCUCACUGCUUUUUUUGUCAUCAGCUCUCAAGAAGACUCACAACAAUCAAUUGUAUAAUUUUUCAAUCAUUUUCACUUGCGUGUUUAUCAGCUGAUACUCCACACACAGUUUGUCAGGUUGAUUUUUUUGUUGUUAAAUAUGCACUACACUUUGAUAGCCAUAUUACAAUUCAUCACAGACACGAUUUAUUUCUCACUGAAAUUAUCUGAAGAGCAAAGCAUUUGUGAGCAGAUCAGUAUUCAUUAAGUAAUGUUCAUGUGAGCUCGUGUUUUUAAUCGGUCCUAAUGAGACUCUCAUAACAUUAUACACGUUUUCUUGGUUGCUUGGUCCGAAAAAAGCUCAUUUUGAUCUUUGUAAUUGCUUGUUGUUUUCCAAACCUGUCUUAGAUCAAACCUGCCAAAGAGAUUUUGAUUUUUUUUUUUUUUUUUUUUUUUUUUUUGCGAGUUCUGUCCAUAUGUUGCCAGAUGCUGAAUAAUAAAGCUCUCAUUUUGCCCAUUCUACACAAAAA